AUGCGCGCGCCGCGCGGGGGCGGCAGAGAGAUCACUACAAACAUGGCAGCCGCAGAGCAUGUGGAUGAGGGAGACACAGAAGACGACGCACGGCGUUCAACAGAAGUCGACGACGGACACCCGUGGUCAUACCUGGAAAGUAUGUUCAGCUACCUCUGGAUGGAGGCAAAUUCCUACCGAAUGAAGUGCAUGUUAUGCCUUCCGAAGUGCCACGACAUAAAGGCCUUCAAAAACUCCCCGUCCAACCUCAAAAAACACAUCGAAAAAGCACAUCCACAACAUCUAAAGAAAUAUGAGCAGCUGACCUCACAAAAAAGAAAGAGGGCUUCGGAAGCUGGGAAGGUGCAAAUGUUUCAUCCAGUUGAGCUCACUUUCCUAAAAGAGUACUACACCACCAUGAGCCCUGUUGCCCAGUCCAUCAACAUCCUCCAAGGAGAAGUGGAAGUCCAGAUGGGAUGGCUUCUUCCGACUAUUUCCUUGCUGAGCAGCAAACUGGAAAAAAUAAAGAUUGCACUGAAGCACUGCAAGCCGCUGGUUGAAGCCAUUCAAGUGGGCAUCCAGAACCGUUUUGGUGAAAUGUCAAGAGACCCUGAAUUGGUUGCUGCAGUGAUUCUCAUCCCAAAAUUCAAAACGGCCUGGAUCAAAGAUGAUGCUACACUGAAAAUCGGGUUGGACUACAUCAGGGAGCAGUUGGAGGAUCCUUCUAUUUCAGCAGAGGCUGGAUCUGGCUCAUCUGAUGAGGGAGACUUCUUCCACAUCCUGAAAAGUUCCCACAAAACACCAAGCGCCACCAAGCAGCUUGAUUCGUAUCUGGCCUACUCAACAGACGACAUCAAGAUUCUCAAGACGUUUCCUGUGGUUCUCAAGUUGUCUGUCAAACUCAACACACCUCUGCCUGCUUCUGCAGUUUGCGAAAGGCUGUUCAGCAUAGCAGGUCUCAUCUUCAGCCCAAAAAGAGCACGGCUAGCUGCAGACACUUUUGAAAAUCAGCUUCUGCUGAGGAUGAACCGCAAGUUCAACUUCUCCACUUGAACCAGAAAGUUUGUUUGUGUGGUGUUACUGUGCCUCAGCUCAUGAGGAUUCCCCCAACAUAGUUAAAAAGUGGUUCUUAUGUUAAAGACAUUGUUUAUUUUUGAGUGGUAUUCUAUACCACAUUUCAUUCACCUGAAAAAGUGAAAUAAAAAACAAGGGGAGAAUAAU